AACUCCGAAUUUUCUCGAACUUUCUCCUCUCUCUCUCUCCCCCCUUGCCCCUCCAAUCUCUAUCUCCAUCUCCACCUCGGAGAGACGCCGCAGCAAGAUAUUUUCUCUCUCCUCCCACCAUCCCCUCUUUCUCUCUCUACCCUUUCAGCGCUUCGAUGCGGGCAUAAAGCUGGCCAGUCCCCUCCCCUUCUCUCUCCGUCGGCGGCCGAGGCGGGCGAUGUCGUGACGCCAUCCGAGACGAGGGCGGAGAGGAAGAAGAAGAAGAAGAAGAAAAGGGCGGCGAGCGAGCGGGCGAGCGAGACGAUUCGACUCGGCGUUCGUGCUUUGUUCCCGAAGCGUUUUCUUGGGUCGCUGCCGAGGGUGGGGGCGUUGCUGGGGGAGCGAUGGACAGGGGGGGAGCAUCCGGCGCCGGAUCUUGCUACUACGCCGUCCUCGGGAUUCGCAGGGACGCCUCCUCCUCCGACAUUAAGUCGGCUUACCGCAAGCUCGCCAUGAAAUGGCACCCGGACAAAUGGGCGGGGAACCCGCAGGUCGCCGGCGAGGCGAAGCGGCGGUUCCAGCAGAUUCAGGAGGCUUACUCUGUGCUGUCGGACCAGAGCAAGAGGUCGAUGUACGAUGCAGGGCUCUACGAUCCGCUCGAGGAGGAGGACGAGGACUUCUGCGACUUUAUGCAAGAGAUGAUCUCCAUGAUGAACAACAUCAAGGACGAGGGAGGCAAUAGCUUUGAGGACCUGCAGAGGAUGUUCCAGGAUAUGGUGGGUGGCAGUGGGGACGGCAGCGCCGGGUUCGACUACAUGCCCGAUCCGACGGUGGCCUCGAAGAAGCCACGCGUGAGCGCUUCGAAGGCAGGCUCGGCGAGGCGCAGCGGUUCCUCUCGCCAUUAGGUUAGCUCCCCCCUCCUCCCCCAGGGCACGCAAUGCACCAACUGAUCAAUGUAGCUCUAAAUCCUCUCCAAAACACCCGCCUCUAACUGUUAGCAUUGAAACAUUGAUUUAACGCCUUAAUCCCUGAUUAAAAAGACCUGAUUUUUGGUAGUGGCGGUGGUGGUGGUGGGGUUGUUCGGGUGGUUUAGGGCGGGCUCUUGUGGGGACCGGACAGUCGGGAUAUUUCGGUUUGAUUGUUAAGGAAAUGGUAAUGAAAUUUAUGUUCGGGCUUUUGUCU